AUGGCCACCGUGGCCCUGCUGGGCACCCUGCUGACCUUCACCGCCUCCAUCAUGUAUCCCAGUGUCUUUGUGCCAAAAGGUCUCCAGGGCUGGCGCUACCAGGCCACGGCCACGGCCACGGCCCUGUCCUGCCUGUGCUUCGUGACCUACGCGGCGGAGGUGGGGCUGAGCAGGGCCAGGCCGGGCCAGCUCCGGGGCUUCCUCUCCACCGCGCCCGGCUUGCUGAAGGUGCUGGAGGCCUUCGUGGCCAGCGUGAUCCUGGCCCUGGUGGACGCGGGCCAGAUGUACGCCAACAGCGCGGGGCUCCAGUGGUGCAUGGCCGUGUUCUGCGUCUGCUUUGUGCUCUCGGUGCUCAUCAUCGGGCUCAGCGUGGGGCAGCUGCUGGACGCCGCGCCCUGGCCCGCGGACCGCGCCCUGCUGGCCCUGACCGGCCUGGCGGCCCUCCUCUACCUCUCGGCCGCCGUCACGUGGCCCAUCUUCGCGUUCAGACCCGCCCCCCCAGAGGACCAGCUCGGCCCCGCCGUGGGAGCCACCGUGCUCACCUGGGUCAACCUUGGGGCCUACGCUGCGGACCUGGUGGUCUCCAGCCGCAUGGUGUUCUUCGCGGGGUCCCCAUAG